AUGAUCCUCCGCAACCUGACAUCCACCACCGCACCGCCUGGCCCAGCACUCACCACCAACUGGCUCGAGAUCGACCGGCCUGCACCAUCCGACCCCGCGCAGGCGGCACUCGCGUGCUACGCGACGCCGUACGGCGUGGUCGGCGUGGUUCUGCGGCUGCUCUCCGUCUACUGCAUCGGCAUGUUGUACCGGCGGCGGCAGACGAUACACCCGCUUGAGGACCACCGCCUCAAGAAGAAGAAGCUCGACUACACGUUCACGGGCGUCGGCCUGGGCCUGUCGGCGUACCACUUGGUGGUCACGCUCGUGCGCUGCAGCACGCCGUCCGGCCUCGUCUUCCUCGGCGCGUCGAAUCUGCUGUUCGCCCUCGCCUGGGCCUGGGCCUCGCUGUACGCCGCGCACUCGAUCGGCCACGACCCGCCGCCAGCACCAGCUGAGGACCUGUCCGCCCGCACGGCGUGGCCGUCGGCUUCUUCUUCGUCCUCGUCAGACCGGCACUACCGCCGCCACGCGCGCGUCGGGUUCGCAUUCCCGCUGACGGUCCUCUGGGGCGCGGGCGUCGUGCUCGCCGUCGCCGGCGUCGGCAUGUUUAUCGCGUACAUGCAGGUCGACCACGGCGGCAGCGGGGCGCCGCCCGUGCUCGGCCCAAUUGUUCACGACAGGCGUCUUGUGACGUUGAGCGCCGUGUUCGGCGUCGUGGCUAUCAUCUUGGUGGUCGCCGUUGCCGCGUGGCCGAGAUCCAGGGACCGGACGGAGAAGUGGCAGUUCUGGCGCGCCGCGGCCGUUGUUUUCAACGUGCUCGUCCCGCUCUACGCGGACGCCGUGCUGGCCAUCGUGUCCGGCAACGCGGCGGGGUUCCAGGUCUGUACGACGGCGCAUGGAGUUGGCGUGGGUGUGGUGCUGUGCGUCCUGUUUUACCUGGGUCAGGCGUUGAUGUUUUUCCAGAUUUGA